AUGGAACACAAUGAAAAUAAAAAUAAUAUAGCAAUUAUAGAUGCAGACUACUACAUUAUAAAUUACAAAAGUACUAUAACCACAUAUAUAAAAAACAUAUGUAACAAUAUACUUAGAAGCAAAAGGGAAAAUAUAAAUGAUCAAAAUGUUGAUAAAAAAAAAAUUAUUAUUUGCAUAUUUAUGUUAAAAAUAUUUUUAAUAAAUAUAGAAAAUAACUUAAAUUUAUUCGAUUUAUUAUAUGAUGUUAUUAACAAAUAUCAUUAUUUAAUUAAUCAUGAAAGGGUAGUACCCUCUUCAAGUAAGAAAAAAGUGGAAAAUAACAAAAGCAAUAGUAACAAUUCCGGUGAUAAUAAAUCUGAGCAGGAAAAUAUAAUAGUUAGCAAAGGAUCCAAAAAUGAAAAUUCAAAUGAAAAUAGUAUAAACAUAGAAGGGAGUAAAAAUAGCAACGCCGAUAUAGCAAAUAGUUUAGUGCAUGAUUUAAUUAUAAACAAAGACUAUGACAAUAUUGACAAUGUGUUGGUUUCAAAAGUAGCGCUAUUAAAAAUUAAAAAUUAUUGCGAUACAAAUGAUAAUAAGGUAAAAGGGAAAAAUAUCCAUAAAAAAGGAGAUGCCGAUAUUGAUACUGCCUCUAUAAGUUUCACAGACAAUGAUGAUGUGCAAUUUUCAAAUAUCGACGAUGAAGAUAUACCAGAUAUUUAUUCAGAUGGAUUUGAUGAUAUAAAUUCUGGUAAUUCACAAUCAAACGAAUCAUGCUUGAAAAAUACAAAAUCAGAAACUGACUGUGAUUCUGAAAAUUACAAUAAAUUUUUAAUAGAUUAUAACAAAAUAAAGCUCAAUUUAAAAAAUUUUAGUGAAUUUUUUAACUUAAAACAUAUUACAAAUGAGAUAAGUAAAAAAAAAAAGAAUUACGAAGAAAAGUCCAUUAAAUAUAUGGAACAAGUGUAUAGGAUAAUAAUGUUGUCAAAAUUACACAUAGGUGCUUAUAAUUUUUUGAAAAAUUUAAAAAAAAAAAAAUUUUAUUUUAUAUUUUAUAGUUCAAAUAAAAAUUUAACCGAUUUUUUAUUUAAAUAUUUUAAAAUUUCAAAACUUUUAAAAGGUAACUAUACAAUAAUAGAUUCAUUUGAUGAACUUAGAAAAUAUGAAGCUUGUAAAUUUUUUUUAGUAUUUAGUUAUAGGCCAUGCUUUAUAACACAUAUGAAAAGACAUGGGUAUUUUAAAAUAGCAUUAGGAAAAAAAAAUAAAAAUUCUAUAUCAACUAAUUGUGAUGAUAUUGAUUAUGAAGAUAUAAAAAGAUAUAACUAUGAUACCAAUUGUAAUGAUAAUAAACUGAAUGGGAAUUCCUCUCCGAACACCCCAGAGGAAUCUCGCAAUAAAUCUAAUAAUGUUGUUUAUCCAUUGUCACGAAAUUGUAAUUUAACAGACGAUAUAUAUUCAUGGAGAAUAUUUUAUAUAUUUAAUAAAUACAUACAUAUAUAUGGAAAAGUUGUAAAGGGUUUUGGCAGGGGUAGUAAAUAUUUAAAUAUUCCCACAGCAAAUAUUUUUAAUCCAAAUUUAACAGAAGCUGAUAUAAUGCCUGGAAUUUAUUUUGGUAUAUCAAAACUAAAACAUAAAAUAUAUAAAACGGUUGUAUCUAUAGGAUAUAAUCCUUAUUUUCAAAACAAGCAUAUAACUGUCGAAGCUUUUCUAUACUAUAAAACAAAUAAAAUAUUCUACGAUGAAAAUAUCGAAUUAAUAAUUGUUGGACUACUUAGAAGUGAAAGUAAUUUCUAUGAAUUAUCACAUCUGAUACAUGCCAUACAAUUUGACUGUGAAUUAGCUAGAAUUGCUCUAAAUCAAAUUCAUGAUGAUCAGUAUUUUAAGAAAUGUAAAAAUUAUCUUAAUUCGUCCUCUAAGUAUAUAUAA